UAAUCAAGUUUAGUCAACAACUCAUUCGUACUUAAUCCUCAAUUGUAGUCACUAUCUCUAUUAUGACAGUUUUACUGCCACUGCAUUCUAGGACAGUAAUCCAAAUUUACUUAUUUUUGUUACAAUGCCUGAGAAAACAAGUCCUCAUAUUUUGACGGAAAAUAACAGUAAUGCCAAUGGAUAUACUGACAACUUGGCUAUCUCAGGGUACCCUCCUACACACAAAAAAGAAAAACCACCAUCAAAAUACAGAAAACUCGUCAACUGGACUAUCGGUUCAGCUGUUUUGGCAGCGAUUUAUGCUCAUUUUAUUUGGGCAACAUGGUACUUUAUAGAAAAAACAGAGGCUACACUUGAUUCUACCACGUGCACUGGCUAUGGAUUUUGGAUGAUUGUCUUCAUCUUUAUAAAUUUCGGGGUGGCUUAUAAGUUUGUUCUAAAAAAGUACCUCAUUGCACCUAUAGAACGGUACAUGUGGAAACCUUGUGCCGCUUUGUUCAAAAAAGUACCAUAUGCUACCACCGGAUUUCUUGCUUUAAUUUUUGUGGCUAUUCUUGUGUUCCUCAUUGUUGACUCUAGUGACGACUGGUGGAGAUUGAUGCCUUUGACUGGACUCGUGAUUUAUGUUAUUAUGGGAUUUUUACUUUCGCCUUAUAAGCGACAGAUCCCAUGGACUACUGUAUUAUCAGGUCUCAUCGCUCAAUUCAUUCUGGGUCUGCUCACGAUCAGGUGGGACGUUGGACGCAACAUCUUCAGUUGCAUAGGAGACAAAGUUGAUACUUUCCUCAAGUACGCCGUCAACGCUUCGGCUUUCGUUUAUGGAGACGACUUGGUGCUAAAUCAGGCUAUUUUUGCCUUCAACGCUCUUGCUGCCAUCUAUAUAAUGAGUUUUACCAUAAAUAUUCUGUACUAUUGUGGGGUAAUGCAAAGUGUCGUUCUUAACAUAGGAAUCUUCCUUCAGUGGCUUUUAGGAACACCGAUCUGCGAAAGCGUGAACAGCGCUGCAAAUAUUUUCUUAGGAAUGAGCGAAUCGCCUUUUUUAAUAAAACCAUAUUUGGACCACAUGACAGACUCGGAGAUACAUUCCAUCAUGACAUCAGGUUUUGCGUCGGUGUCAGGGACGGUUUUGGCCGCUUAUAUUUCCUUCGGGGCGACUCCGGCCCAUCUUAUCACUUCUUGCGUCAUGUCUGCGCCGGCUGCCUUGUGCUACAGUAAACUUAUGUACCCUGAAGUGGAAGAGGUCCUCAUCAAGAGAGAAAAUAUUAAAAGGAUUAAAAUGGAAUAUGAAUCCUUGUUGGACGCAGCUAUUAAAGGUGCUGGAGAAGCUGCGAUGAUAAUACUUGGAAUAAUCGCCAAUCUGAUAUCAUUUAUAGCCACCAUUUACUUCUUUAAUGGUAUUUUAACUUGGUUGGGAACAUUAGUCGGUUAUACGGAGGAAGGAGAACUUUGGACCCUUGAAAUUAUCUUAGGAAAGGUUUUUAUACCACUGACGUACACCAUGGGUGUUCAAUGGGAAGAGUGUGAAAAAGUUGGACAGUUGAUUGGAGUGAAAACCAUCGUUAACGAAUUUGUUGCUUUUCAAAAAAUGGGUGAAAUGGACUUGUCUCCUAGGAGUAAGAUCAUAGCUACUUAUUCUAUUUGUGGGUUUGCCAAUCCUGGUUCUGUUGGUAUUUUAUUGUCUACUUUGGGUGCUUUUAUGCCCAACAAACGGGAAAAUUUGACUAGAUUGGCAUUUCGAUCUUUUUUGGGUGGAUGUUUUGUGUGUUUUAUGACGGCAUGCAUUGCUGGUCUGUUAACACCCUAAAACCUGAAACUGAAUAUUAUCUAAGAACAAAAAGUAUUUUUUUUUUUGUAAAUUUUGUUUGUUAACGUUUUUAUUAACGCUAGAAAUUAAAAAUACUCACUUAAAUUAUUAUCAUUGUUAUUAUAUAAUUAAUAAAUUCUAAUGAACUGUU